GGAGGAGGAGGAGGGUGGUGGUUCGGCCUGGCGCGAGCCCCGCUGCUGCCAGUCUCCCUCAGGCUGGGCUGAGGGCGGUGGGAGUAUGGAGCAGGGGCUGUCCGCCAUCACUCUGUAUUGCGCCCCAGCCGCCGUCGCUGUCACCGCCUUCGCCAUGGAGCAAGAGCAGUUGCAUGCAAAUGGCGAUAGAGGCUUUGAGAAUGUGGAACUUGGAGUCAUCGGAAAAAAGAAGAAAAUUCCAAGAAGGGUCAUCCACUUUGCAAGCGGAGAAACCAUGGAAGAAUACAGCACAGAUGAAGAGGAGGAUGAGCAGCAGGAGAAAAAAGACCUCUUGCCUUCUGUUGAUCCAAGAUACCUUGGUUUUUGCAAAUGAGCAUUGAGAACAUUGAAUAAUAAAUAAAAGAAGUGUGCAUGCACUUGAAAGCUCAUACCAAAAUAUAAACUUAGUUGGUCUUUAAGGUGCUACUGAAGGAAUUUUUUUUAUUUAUUUUGCUUCGACUCAGACCAACACGGCUACCUAUCUGUAACAUUGAAUAAUAAGUUUGUAAUGUUUGUUCAUGCCUUUUUCUGUAGACCCCACAUAAGUACAUUUGCUUCUAAGGGUCCUGAGUAUUUACAAUUUCUGUAAGAAGUAGUUGGAGCUUCCACUCACACAUUAGGAUUUUCCCUUCCCUGAAAAGUCCUGCCAGAAAGCGUGGGGGGGGGGGGCUUGGACAGCCUUCCUGCAGGGUAGAUAGUUGCAGUUGUAAAAGAAAUUCAGAAAGCCCGUAUGAAAGCGCUUGGGCAUACAUGCAGGGCUCUUAAGAUUCUGACUCCAUUUAAGGACUUGAUCAAUACCCAGAAUAGAUUAAAGUGUUUGUAUUUAAUUAUCAGUUUCUUCAGGUAAGAACUAGCCAAUCUUCAUGUCGAUAAAGCUUUAGUUUUGAAACAUGCCAAGAAGAAAAGGUUUAUGUUUUACACUGCAUUUUUAUUUACAGCAGGUUAAUUAUAACUUUACUUCCUUGCAUUGUUAAUGCAUGUCAGAUAUAAAGAUUUCAUUUUUGUAAACUUUCUGGUGUGGCAAAUUCUGCAUUUGCAAUGGCAAAUUGGCUCCUAAAUGCUAUUGCCAUCUUACGUAUUGUAUCUGCAGAAUUGAGGAGGUGAGAGCAGAGCAGAUGCUUUGCAUGCAGAAGGUUCCAGGUUCAAUUCCUAGCAUGUGCAGGUUGUUGGCAUCAGUUUGUUUCGGGAGACAAUGGAAGAGUGUGCCAUUGGGGGUGUGUGGGUGUGAGGUCAAACCGUUGGAGAAUUACAGUGCCUGCUGUGGCUGGAGAAACCAAUAUGGGAGAGACAUGUUUUACUGCAGGUGGGGCAAAUGAAGGUGUCUGGUUUUGCUGCUACAUGUGCACCACUGUGUUUCCAUCAGACUAUAUUGGGAUAGAGGGACAAAUUGUCUGACUUGGUUUAAUGAAGAUUUCUAUGUUUCUACAUUUAUGCAUAUAUUCAGAAGCACAGGAUAUAAGUAAUAUGAUUUUCUAUCUGAUUGGAAGAGCUAUAAUUUAUGCAUGUGAACAUUGGGAAAAGAAGGCAUUGUGUCUUGUUGCCAAGAAAAUAUAUUCAGGGUGGGUAUUCUACCAUUAGGUGCCACUACAAAAAAGGCCCUGUUCUUGGCAGCUUAGCAACUGAAAUUCAUCUCCGUGAUAAACAAUUUAAAAUGUUAGAGGAAGGUAUGGUGAAGAGAUGAGGGCAGUGUGUUUUCAGGUCACUUUUCCUGGUUCUCCCCCCCUUCCGUUGGUGGUGUUGAUCUUGUUAUACCCAAGUCAACCAAUAAAGACAUUCAGUGUUGCAUUCAUCGAUAGCCUUAGGCAAGUGGAAGCACUUCUGCUCAUGCAUGGCUGGACAACUGAAUCCCACCAAUUCUCCCUACACAUUGCAGCCCAUUACUCCCUCUGGCAAGCUGCUCCUGAGGGUUGGGAACAGUAUGGGAACUGUUGCAGAGGGCUGUACUAUGAAGAGGGGUCAAUGAAAAUUGGAUGCCCUGCUUGUACAAGCAGAAGUACUUCCACUUGCCUAACACCACCAUUGGAUACAACUUACACGAGACACAUGAAAUAAAUUAAAAGUCUUUCAGAUGUGUAACAUAAAUGAACUUAACCUUUAUUUA